GUAGUAUAUAUUUACGGUUUAACACAAUUCUUUUAAUUUUCGAGGCGCACUUGGCAAAUCGCCCUUUUUGAAAACCGCUGCCCAAACGCGUUACAGCUGCCGAGCGGGAUGCGCCAUCCUUGCUCGGGACAUCCCCCUUGUCUAGAGGCGUACAUUCCCUUAUCCCGAAGUCCAUAUAAUUGUUCCGAGCUACGCGAUAAGUAUGUAGGGUCAAGUAAUGACGAACAACUGGUUCUUUUCGUGUUGGUGCUUCGUUUUCCUUGUUUUAAAUUCACAAUGCAAAGCAACGGAAUUGGACGUCUUCAUUUUUGGCGGCAAAGGCGAUCUUGCAAAAAGAUAUUUGUGGAAUGGAUUUUUUAGGCUUUUUCAAAAUAAUAGAGAGAGAAAAAUGAACUUCUAUGGACUGGGGCUUUCCAACAUGCCGCAAUUAGAUUUUCUAAAAGUCGUCAAUAAUUCAGUACACUGUGAGCCGAAUUCAAGUAAUAACAGUAUCUGCAAGGAGCUUAUUCAAAAUUUUGUUGCAAGUACAAAUUAUUUGCAGAUGAAAAAUGAAAAGGAUUUUGAAAAAUUGAGCUGCGCUAUUGAUUCAUCUAUCAAUGAAGUUAUAUUUUAUCUCUCUGUUCCUCCCUCAGCAUACAAGCACAUUAUACAAUCAAUCUCCUCUCACUGUGAUUUGAAGAAAAGAAACAAAAAUUACAAAUUUGUUUUUGAGAAGCCAUUUGGGGAGAGUUUGGAAUCUGCACAGUCUCUUUCAUCCCUAUUGAGUAAGCACCUGAAUGAGUUUCAAAUAUUCAGAGUUGAUCAUUAUCUUGGAAAAGCAACCACACAUAAGAUAUUGAACUUCAGAAGGAAGAAUCCUUAUAUUGAAGAAAUUCUGAACAAAAAAUAUGUUGAAGAAAUUCAAGUGGUUGUGUCAGAGACAAUUGGAUGCAAAGGAAGAACAACCUACUAUGAUAAGUCUGGAGUUAUCCGAGAUAUGCUACAAAACCAUUUAACAGAAAUAUUGUGCUUAAUGACAAUGGAUGUCAAUGGAGAGCAGAGUAAAUCAAAAUUACUAAGGGAUAUUUUGACUGUUUUUAGGCGUGAUAUUUUGUUUGGCCAAUAUCAAGGCUACAUGGAAGAAGUAUAUCAUGAAUCUGGAAAUAACAAAUCAAUGACACCAACAUUCGCUGCAAAUAUCAAGCUUAAAUCUGCCAAGUGGAAAAAUGUGCCGGUUAAACUGAUUUCUGGGAAGAGGUUGAAUGAGCGCUUUGGAUAUGGAAGAAUUGUUUUUAAGAAAAAAUAUUUUCCAGAAAUAUCAGGAUGUGAGUCAAUGGAUCCUCAAAUUAUUUUUAUGAUUAGAAAUGAUAAAUUGAAAUCUCCAGGGAUUCUUGUAAGCUGGAACCUUCCUUUCAAUUCUGACUAUAUCCCUAAUGAUUGGAGGUUGGCAUCUCAUUUGGAUGAUUUAACUAUAUUCGGAUCUAAAGGGAAAUGCUUCAGAAUCUUGAUACCAGCAAACAAAUUGGAUGCAUAUUCUUAUUUGAUCUCGAAAAUGUAUGAAGGUGAUCACACAUAUUUUGUUCCUGUUCAAGAUCUAUUGGAAUCAUGGAGAAUUUGGUCUCCAGUUGCAACACACCAACUCAAUACUCAUUCUGAAAUUAUUCAAUAUAAAAUAGGCUGGUCCAUUUCAAGAAUAUUGUACGAAGGGAUGUGUGAAUCACAUAAGUGCUGCCUCUUGAACACAUUCCAAAUGAAAUGUGAUCUGACUCCCAGAAAAUGAUGGCCAAAAAAUUCUGUUUAGAUGAAAUUCAGAAUUACACAUUGAGAUGUUUUUUAGGAAUAUAGAUGGUCUCUAUAGUGUCCAAUAAUAGUGAAAUAUCAUAGGUAGUUUGAGUAUCUCAUCAAAUUGUUUUUAGAGUCAUCCAUCAUAAACUACCCAAAUAUUACUUUUUGAAUCGGACAUGGAGUUUAACCCAAGAUUCUUGGCCGCUGAAUAAGCGCAUAGUAUAUGCGAUGAAACGUAAUAUAUCCAGGAUCUCUUCAUUAAAUUAAUAAUUUUUACUGAUGUUAUUUUAGUAGGUCAAAUAUUUAAUUUGAUGGCAGAUAUUUGAGGACUAGUACAGGCCGCUGUACCCAGGGCUUCUAUAUUGUCUUUAAUCUUUAUGUUAUAUAUUCUUGAAACAUGCACCUUACUAAAUAUAUUUGUUUAUACUUAAGAUUUUCCCUGAGUUUUGACCUCCAUUCCUCUUUUACCUGUUUUAACAUUGAGAUGAACGCAACAUAAAUUUUGAUGUAAAAUAAAACCGAGUGGCUCUCAAAUUGGAUACUGCUGUGGUUGAAGAAUGUUGUGAAUGUCAGUUCAUUUCUGUGCUGCCAAACCAAAUACCUUUGUUUCCCCAUUGCCUUGUUUGUUUUGAGUGAACUGUCAAAAUCGUUGCAAGUGAAUUAGAUCUGGACUGAAGUUGUAGCAAAUGAUUAAUACAGACUUACCCACCUAAUAUAUAAUACUGCCUGGUACAAAAAUGAUUAUGUGUCAAAAUUUGUUCUCAUGAUUAUGUUUUAUAACUCGGUCAAUAGAUUGAGCAAUCAAUAAAUUCCUACUAUUUUUUGAUCAA